AUGCAGGAAUUUGUAAAGGUAACGUUUUGUGAUGAUGAUGAUGAUGAUUCGGUGUGUAAGGCAUUACACACCAAUGCUGUUGCAGUAGAUGGGCAGGAAGCGAGAGAAGAUAAAUGUUAUAAGAUUGAUUUGGCUGAUUUGGUUCGACCGCUGCUUGAUAGGCCAAAUUUGGGUAACAAACAUCUUCAAUUAUUGGCUGAUCUCCUGAUCACCUUUGUGUAUCACAAAGGAAAUGGUCAUCACGAGGUUGGUAGAAUGCUGCUAAUCCUGAUAUCUGCAACUCUUGUGUGCAAAACUAUGUGCGGUAAUAUUGUAGACCUGAACUGCACAUACUGGGAUGCGGCAGGAGCAAAAGCAAAGUUCUCUGAAAAAGCAGUGAAUUGCCCGAAUGUGCUGCCGGAUUCGGUGUGUAAGGCACUAUACAAUAUCAAUGACGUUGUAGUAGAUGGGGAUCAAGCGAGAGACGAAAAAUGUUUUAAGGCGGCAGACCCUUCGGUCAAAGAGGCCGCGAUCAAAACUUGUCCACGUACGUGCGGCUAUUGCUGUCUCACGCCCGAGUACAAUUGUCCGAAUAGUCAGUUUCCUCGCAUUAGCUGUUCGGUCAUUACUCCGAACAUGUGCUAUAGCCCCGCUUGGAAGAAUAUAAUAGAGGAGGACUGCCCCAAUGUGUGUGGGUUUUGCAAUUCAGGAAAUUGCUUUGAUGUGGCUCCGAAUUGCGCUCUGGACAUAUCAAUCUGUAGAAGUGUAUUGAUGCAGGACUUCGUGAAGGAAAAUUGUAAGAGGACGUGCGGUUACUGCUCCCAGACGGGUGCGACAACAGCAGCGCCUUGUGGAUUGGAUCCGAAUUGUGUGAACUGGGUGAGAAACGGGUUCUGCAACAGCAUCUUCUACACCCAGGAGCAGAAGAGACAGUACUGUGGCAGGCAAUGCGGACUUUGCUAA